AUGGAUUCAUUUUUUAACCUCCGAGAAAUUCACUUCAACGAAGUACGUGUACAAUACAACCCCGACAUGGUUGACACCGUGGUAGUGCACCAUGAAUUACGAAUACUUUGUGUAACAUCCUUACGCGAAUACAGUCUUGGAACCCUCUUCUGCAGUCUCAGCACCCCUGGGCUUCAAACCUUGGACGUAAAGGUGCAGGAAAACUCACCGGAACUAUUCACCGAGAUUUUGACCCCUUUCCUUCAACAAUCCCACUGUCAUCUAACAGAGCUCUUCUUAACAAUCACUCUCGAGUCUGAAGAUGAGCAACAAUUAAUACACUUUCUAGACGUUAUACCCACUCUACAAAAACUCCACAUCAAAGACCCUUUUUGGACAACUGCUGGUUUGGGAGCAUCUUUCUUUGAUGUUUUGCGCCUCCCUUCAGACAACACUACAGCGUUCCGUUUGCCCGUACUGGAGAUAUUCACUUAUGAAGGAAAACUUUCAACAGGAUGCCUUGAGAGUAUGAUGAAAUCCAUGCUCUCCAGGACCAAGGCUUUCACGAUUCCUUCUGGUUCUGUGACGAUGAAAACGUUCACAGUCAAAUCUAAUCUAUAUGAACCCACCUACAAUGAAUACUUAACUACAGAUUCUGGGCUACCCUUGGGAUUAAUGACAGAGGCCCUCGAUGGCUGGAUGGACAAGCAGGUACUCGAUGAUGUUGUUAAAUGCACCCAGGCCAGAACCUUUAAAUUUAUGGAUCGAAAAGGAGUUGUAUGGGUGCUUUCCAAUUGA